AUGAAGCAAGAAAUGACGCCUCGAUGCUUCACAGAGGACAAAACAAACGCUCGAGAAGAGGUAUAUACAUAUAUAUGGAAGAAAGCUCGGACUUUUGACCUCGAAGCCAUGUUUGAACAAACGAGAAGAACUGCCGUGGAAAGGAGCAGGAAAGUCUUGGAGGCACGUGAAAGAGAGAAAGAAGACCAGGCUGAGAAAGAAUUUAGAUAUCUGCACCCUGAUUCACCAGCUUCAGCCUCAAAUGUAAUUGGAGCUCAGUCCACGUUAACACCAAGAGAUGCAGCCUGUAGUGAAAGUGAAGACAGCUCAGGUGAAGAGUUAACUGGCCCCUCUGUGCAAUCCCAAACUUCAGCUCAAGGUCAAAAUGAGGAUACUGAUGAUGAGGAGGAGGAAGAUGAAGAAUUCAUUGGGCCACCUCUCCCACCUGGGUUCAAGGACAGUGAUGAUGAUCAUGAUGACGAUGAUAUGCAGGAUGAAGAUAAUAACCCUGUAAAGAAAAUUCCAGAUUCUCAUGAAAUCACUCUUCAACAUGGGACAAAAACAGUUUCUGCCUUGGGUUUGGAUCCUUCAGGUGCCCGUUUGGUAACUGGUGGCUAUGACUAUGAUGUGAGAUUUUGGGAUUUUGCUGGAAUGGAUGCCUCUCUCCAGGCUUUUCGGUCACUCCAGCCUUGUGAAUGCCACCAGAUCAAAUCCCUACAGUAUAGCAGCACAGGAGAUGUUAUUCUUGUUGUCUCUGGUAACUCACAGGCAAAAGUUCUUGACAGAGAUGGUUUCCCUGUAAUGGAAUGCAUAAAAGGAGAUCAGUACAUUGUGGAUAUGACAAAUACCAAGGGUCAUACAGCAAUGCUCAAUUCAGGCUGUUGGCAUCCUAAAAUAAAGGAGGAAUUUUUGACAUGUUCCAAUGAUGGAACUGUGAGAACAUGGGAUGUUAACAAUGAAAAAAAGCACAAAGGCGUAUUUAAACCUCGAUCAGUUCAAGGUAAACGAGUGAUUCCUACAACUUGCACAUACAGCAGAGAUGGUAAACUUAUUGCAGCUGGCUGUCAGGACGGCUCCAUUCAGAUCUGGGAUAGGAAUAUGAGUGUACAUACCAAAUUCCACUGCAGGCAAGCCCAUGCCCCUGGCACUGACACUUCAUGCCUGGCAUUUUCCUAUGAUGGUACCGCCCUUGCCAGCCGGGGAGGAGAUGAUACUUUAAAGAUAUGGGAUAUAAGACAAUUUAAAAAGCCUCUUAAUUCAGCUGAAAGGUUGCCCAGCUUCUUUCCAAUGACAGAUUGCUGUUUCAGCCCUGACGAUAAAAUACUGGUCACAGGCACCUCUGUUAAGAGAGGUGGUGGCAGCGGGAAGCUUUUCUUCUUUGAUCGGGAGACGUUCCAGAAGUUGUAUGAGAUAGAUGUUACAAAUGCAAGUGUUGUGCGUUGCCUUUGGCAUCCCAAGCUGAACCAGAUCAUGGUUGGCACAGGAAAUGGAUUGGCAAAAGUGUACUAUGAUCCUAUCAAAAGCCAAAGGGGAGCAAAACUCUGUGUGGUCAAAACAAAACGAAAAGAAAGACAAGCAGAGACUCUUACACAAGAUUACAUUAUAACACCCCAUGCACUUCCAAUGUUCCGUGAACCUCGACAGCGAAGCACCAGGAAACAGCUGGAAAAGGACAGACUGGAUCCCUUGAAAUCUCACAAACCUGAACCUCCAGUAGCAGGACCAGGUCGUGGUGGCCGUGUUGGAACUCAUGGAGGUACCUUGUCAUCAUACAUAGUCAAGAAUAUUGCACUGGAUAAGACAGAUGAUAGCAACCCUCGAGAGGCUAUUUUACGUCAUGCAAAGGAAGCGGAGGAGAAUCCAUACUGGGUGGCUCCAGCAUAUGCUAAAACACAACCGAAAACAGUUUUUGCGGAAGUGGAACAAGAAGAUGAUGAAACAGAUAAGCCAGAGUGGAAAAAACGUAAAAUUUGAAGAAUUUUGCUUAAAGAACAAUUCAAGAGUAUCAAAAUGCAGCAUGUAUUUCUUU